AUGUCGGUUUCUGUCGAGGAGGGAGCACCGGAUGUUGCGGAAUCCCAGGUUGGGGCCUUCCCGGGGAGGAAGGAGAAGAGGAAGGCUCUCAAGAAACUGAAGAGGAAGGAGAUCAGGAGGGAGCUCGCUAUUAAGGAGCGGGAGGAGGAAGAGGCCCUUGCCAAUGAUCCGGAGGAGCAGCUGCGGAUCCGUCUAAGGGAGCAGGAGGAACAAGAGGCGGCGGAGCGUGAGAGGAAGGCGUUCGAGGAGAGCGAACGGUUCUGGCUGCAGACCCUUGCUACCCGCCGGGCUGAGCAGGAAGAAGAAACCCGACGGAAAAGGCUUCUGGAAGAAGAAUCCUGUGAGGAUGAGGUCAUGAUUCCUCUUAUACGUAUUUUUACUCGUUGUUUAGGAGUGGCGUAUUGUUCUUCCAUAAUGGGAAUUUAUGGAAAUUAAAUGUCGGAUCAUCGUUUAAAACAUCGGGUUGUACGCGUGCUCAAUUGCUGAUCUGAUUCCCACAUCGUUCAAAUGGUAUUGCUGAACUCUUAGCAGGUAAAAGAUACAGAUGAUUUUGGUGGAGGUGACGACUGGGAGUACGUGGAGGAAGGACCGGCAGAGAUCAUCUGGAAGGGAAAUGAGAUAAUUGUGAAGAAGAAGCGAAUCAGGGUGCCCAAACGGUUGGACCAAGAGGUGCCUCCCUUGCUAGUUAUCUAUUCCCCUCUGGGACCCAUCAUUUCAGGUCUUGUCUACUGCAUUUUUCUGUCAUUCUCUCGAAAUGUUAAAAGUGUACCAGUUGCAGGAGGAUGAGAGACCUACGUCCAAUCCACUUCCACCUCAAUCCAUUGCUUUUGAUGCUUCCAAGACUUUGCCACCUGUCUCUGCGCAAGAAAUGCUCGACAACGUAGCACACCAGGUCCCUAAUUUCGGAACAGAGCAGGUUGGCUUCGUAUAUUGCCACCUUCUUUGCCGGAGAAAUUUUACUUUCGUUUUCUGACGGUCUUUUUCGUUGGCAGGAUAAAGCUCAUUGCCCCUUUCACCUCAAAACUGGGGCUUGUCGUUUCGGAGCACGAUGCAGUAGAGUUCAUUUCUAUCCUGACAAAUCCUGCACAUUGCUAAUCAAGAACAUGUACAACGGCCCUGGUCUUGCUUGGGACCAGGACGAGGGGCUUGAGGUCUGUAUGAUCCGUGGCUGAUGUUGUAUCCUGAACAUUCUUUUCUUUUCUAUACACACUUGGCAUAGAAUUUCUAAAAUAUCAUUCGAUACAUCUGAUUCUUUUUGCGAGUUGGCGUUAGAAUGACCUAGUUUUGAGGUUGUUUCCGGCAUUGUGAUUUCUGUGACCUCUCGGAAAGUAUGUUGCUGUAUUCCAUUAUUUAUAUGAAUCGUUUUGGAAACCAUUGACUUUUAUUUGAACAGAAUUCAUUGAGAGACGGAUUUAUGACCUGGGGGAUGAGUUGGGAACCCGUGAUGUGAUUAUUUUGAUUUCUUGCCCCCGUUUUGAAGUGAUAGUGUGAAAUGGAUUUUCAUUUUAUUUCUCAUUCCCAUGUCAACUCUCUUCAUUGCUAUAACCGUCAUCUCCUUGCGGACAACAACAAUUACCAAUGAACUUCUCACACAAUUUGGCACAUUCCUAAUUUUUACGCAUCCCCUGGAUUGUGUUGAUGAGACCAUAUUGCCAACAAUGAGCUCUCUGCGAAACUGUUAGAAAACGGCAUGCUGCAUGUUUCAGUCCUAAUUCCCUUCAUGGUUUCUCCCUCACUACUAUCUUUCUCCUGUUAAUGAAUGCUCCCAUUUCUCUUAUUUUUUCAUUAUAAUCUCGAAACUCAUUCCUACUGUUGUGGGUUGGUGCAUGUUCACAUGGUAUAAAUAUGUUAGCCUCAACAAAGAUGCAUACAAGACGCGGUGACUUUUGCUUCUCAUGUUGAAAUAUAUUGUUCAAUACAAUAUUUCCUUUUAUGAUUGGGAUUAUGCUUUCCUGAGAUCCUCAUCUCAUCAGUAGGCAGUUGCAUAUCAAGUUCAACCUAGUAGUCUUUACAUGGCUUCACCAAUUCUCAAGCUUCUAUUCAGAAUGUUAUAAUCUAUGGUUGAAAGUUUUUUGGAGUUUUGGUAAUCAUAAUGGCAGUUCAUUUCUGCCAUUCUGGUAUCUGUGGUUGAUAUUUAUGCUUUAUUAUUUCAAUGCAUUUUUUGUUUUUCAAAAACAAUCUUCGCAAUAGACUUCCUUCAAGAUUCUGUCAGCUGGUGUUCAGGCUUUACGCUUGUCUACGCAACCAGAUCAGAUUUUCUUGGAUUCUGUAUCCUAUGUUUAUUUUGCACCCUCAGUGAAGAUUGUUUUUAUGACACUAGAUUCAAUGUCGAUUGUGUGGGCUGGUCUUUGCCCUGCUUGAUUUUCCUCUUUGGAUUUCUCUCUUGAUUUCGAAUUUUGCUCCUUAACUUUGAGUAGUCUACCUUUAAUCUGCUAAGCUGUUGAUGACUUUUUGGUGAAGGAUGUUACUGGACAUGGACAUAUUGACAGGUGAUAACGACAUAAUGGAACCAUCUAUUUUAGUUUUUAAAUACUUCUUACUUGUUGGAUCGUUACUAAAAAUAAUUUUCAUGAUUCUGUCGUAGUAAUAUGCGGUCAAACUAGUUUUUCCUUCAUGACAAGCCUUUUCAAAGUUUCUAGAGAGGUGGAAGUUCGUUCUGUAUGCAGGCCAUGGGUUAAGCUGGGAGUACAGAUAUUCUUUCUGAUUAUGUCAUUCAUCUGUCAUACUUAUCUAUUACUGAAUAUGCUGACAUAAAAAUGCGUCUAUAUAUGCACUGGAAGUUUAUUACAACUCGUUAGGGCGAUUGAGAAUCACAUUUGUCAGAAAUUUGUUUUUAUUUCCAAAGCACGCUGACACCAUUGAAAUGCUCUCAUGAAUUGGUUCUUUGCGUCACCAUUUAACAUGCUUGUAUGGGUUAGUUCUCUAUUAACUAGCAUUUUAGUAAAGGCUACACUCGUGCCAGUCAGAUGUCUCUCUGCAACUCAAAAACGACUGCUCUCUAGGUGUUAUUGUUUGUAGUAUCAUUUUGCGAAAGAUCAUUUACCUAGUAAAUUUUAAAUGACUUAUCGGUAGACGUAAGAGACCGCCAGAAUCCAUCCUGUAAUUGAAAUCCUCUCUGAGUCAACUGCUCUCUAGAUCUCACCAGUCAAUAGUUUUCUUACAACGCCAUUAAGUCAUCAUUUCUAGUGCUGUCGAUUAUUCUUAUGUUAACCUGUAGUGAUUCAUACUUUAACUUCGACUUACAAAAACGAUUGAGGGCCUCAAUUUUCAUUUCUGUGGUUGCCUUACGCUUUGUAAGCCAAAGAUUCCAUCUGUUUAGUGUACUGGUUAGAAUAUCCUAUUCUGUAUGUCUUCAGAUCGUGGAAGUGCAUUCCUGUUUUUCUUUAGUAGUAAUUACCGUAAAAUUUGGUGAUAGAAGAUAAAUACAUUAUUGUGAUUACAUUUUGCUUAUGUUUUGAGAAAAACUGCUCGUGUUUCUCUGUUACUUAGUAUGUGUUCAAAGACUUAUCUUCUCUCUGAAAUGCCUAUUCCAGUAUACAGAUGAAGAGGUCGAACGCUGUUAUGAAGAAUUCUAUGAAGAUGUGCAUACGGAGUUCUUGAAGUUUGGGGAACUUAUCAAUUUCAAGGUUGCCAAACUUUGAUUUUUGAAGAGUGUAUCCGCUCAUUUAUUUUGAGUAACCGAAAGUUCUGCAUUGUUGAACAAUGAGUCAUUUUUACCAAGUUUUAUUCAUCAGUUUCCAGUUUUUGUAUCCUAAUUUUAUGCUGAUAUCUUGGCUUGGCACCAUCCACUCUUCAAAAAGGUCUCCACACAGAUAUUUGAAUUUCAGACUAUGUUUAUUUGCAUUUAAUUCAAUUGGCUACACUCCUUUUAUAUUUGUAGUGUGCGUAGAAUAUUUCAGAACAGGGUUUCUACUUUAAAAUGGUUCUAUUUCUCGGUUUAAGGUAGUUUGCUAUCGUCGCAAGGAUUCUCAAUGGAAGCUUUAUUGUCAGGUGUGUAGAAAUAGUUCAUCUCAUCUGCGGGGAAAUGUCUACAUACACUAUAAGAAUCUAGAGUCAUCUAUUCUUGCCUACAAUGCAAUGAAUGGUCGCUACUAUGCUGGGAAGCAGGUACUUCAUUACUCUUUUUUUUUUUUAUCAAUGUAAGUGUAGUUGUAUUUCCUUAUUAGGAGCGAUUUUUGGUGUUAUCCACAUUCUAGAAAAUUAAGAUAUUCAUGAUCUGUGGUUUAUCCUUUGUUUUAUUGAUCUCAUUGGGGAUUGCAUCAAGUGAUCCUGUUUUUUCUUUGAGGUGCUUCGAUUCAAUACUUCUGACUUCUUUCCUUCUCCUUCCCUUGGAUUGAUCUCUAGAUUACUUGUGAGUUUGUUACUAUCUCAAGAUGGAAGAUAGCCAUAUGUGGUGAAUUUAUGAAGUCAAGGCUUAAGGUAACGCCAUAUCCAAGCUGGUCGUAGUAUUUAUGGCCUCAUUGACUCUCUUUUGAUCCCCCCGUUGUUUUUUUGCACUUCGCGUCUUUUGAAGCAUGUCUAUUGUUUUCAGUGAUCUUUACCGUCCCUGUGCUGUAAAAACCAAAAAUAAAAAAUAAAAAAAUUAUCUGAAUUCGUGAUUGAUAAUUUUGCUUUGGCAGACUUGUUCUCGUGGAACUGCAUGCAAUUUCAUCCACUGUUUCCAUAACCCUGGUGGGGAUUAUGAGUGGGCAGACUGGGAUAAUCCUCCACCCAAAUACUGGAUAAGGAAGAUGGCCGUUCUAUUUGGCACCUCUAAUGAACUGAGGCAUGAUGUUGAGCUUGAACUGGAUAAUUGGCGACUUCCAAGGGAGUUGAUCAAAGAACAAACGCAAGACCGUGAUAGGUAUGCGUACUUCAUUAGCGAUAUUACAAUAUGUUAUGAUACCUUAUUGAAUUUUUUACUGUUGGGAUUUUUUGAGCAAUUAUAAAGUAUAUCAGUGGUGA